AAAACUCGUUUGAACACCUUCGCAGUGGCGGUGACGCCCACGUCCAUGUGACUGUGACAGGCGUGUAGCGCAGUAAGUUUGUGCUCUCACUCCUGCAGCGCACGAGCUGCGACUCAGUGCCGAGAGGAGGAUGAUGAUGGUGAUAUGUGGGCUGUGAUUUAUUCAAGCGGAGAGGAUUCAGAUCUUACUACAUAGUGAGCACCUGCUCGUGGCAGUUCAGCUCUGAGUGCUUGAGCUCUGGGUGUGACGGUUGUCUUUUGUCCUCCACCUGCUUCCUCUCAAAUGAAUGAACUGGAAUAUCUUCUCUAUUGAGCUGGAUCAUGCUGGAAUUACAUUAAACUGAAAAGUUACGCGUGCAUAUGUUCACUGCCUUGUCUCUCAGUGGCACUCUCAACGUAUCGAUAACUCAUGUGUUUGUGUGAUUAUUGGUGCUCAUCUAAUGUCACACAGUGAGUGAGCGCGCUCCAGAUGCACGCGCUGUUUGAUCGGAAUUGGAAAGGGCUGGGAAUCGAUCUGUCUCCGGUCUCGUUACCCCACGUUGCCGUGAGGAUGUUCAGCUGUGUCGGGUGUUUUUGGGUGCUCCUGUCCGCCGCCCUGGUCGCGAUUUGCAGUUUUAGUUUCAUCUCUCCCGCAUGGAUAGUGAAGGACCACCUGAAAAACAAGGACUCUGUGAGUUUCGGGCUCCUGUGGCACUGCUCCGAGUCUAUGGAUCAUAUGUACAGAUGUUACACCUUUGGCGGGCUGGGCAAAUUUCAAGAGAUUCCUUCAAGUUCUUGGCAGACGAGUGCGGUGCUGUGUUCAGGUGGAUGUGCUCUGCUGGCAGUCAGCUCCCUGCUGGCCAUCAUCACCAUCUUCCUGCCCAGUGGAGCCUGUGAGAGGAGGAUCUGCACAUUGGCAGGAUACAUGCAGAUGGCUGCAGUGGUCAUUAUGGCAUCUGGUUUACUGGUUUACCCCUUCGGUCUCAACUCCAGCCUGGUCAAGUCUUUCUGCGGAGACUCUGACAUGUACUAUGCCGGGGAGUGUCAGAUAGGAUGGGGCUACAUGCUGGCUAUCGUAGGUGUCAUGCUCACCCUCUUCCUGCCCUUUUUCGCCAAGUACGCCCCCAAGGAGCAUCUGUCACCCACUCCAUUGCCCACCCUUUUAUAGAGCUUUAAAGACCACCGCCUACAAUAUUCAACCUGCUCAGCCAUCAGAACUAUAAUUUACACAAUUUGAGGUUGGACAAGCUGCAGAGUCUCAGCAUCAUUUGCCGUGGUUGGUAAUAAUGAUGGCAUCAAGGUGAGCAGAACUCAAGACCCAUCAUCCCCUCUAUUCUUGUUUUUUGUGCUGGUGUCUUCCCAUAUUCGACAAAGUCUUUUUUUCCCUCCACAAUCAACCUGCCAGGUUAAAAACUCAUUUGAAAAGGAUUAUAUGGAUUUUGGUCUUUCUUUCUCGUCUUUCUAAUUUAUUUUUAAGCUCUGUCUGUUUUUUCUUUCUUUCUUGAUUGAAGAUCUCUAUGGACUAACUACUGAAAAUAACGGACCAUGGUGCAAAUUUUGAGAUUUUGUUUGCAAGGAUCAAAACCAAAAAAUAGCGAAUUAAUUGAAAAUUGAGUAACAUUUUUCAAUAACUUUUUACUGAGACUUGUCAGCAUGCAGUGAAAGGGCAAUUGACUUAUUUUGAACUUCUAAUGGAUCAACAGAUUUAAAGGAAUGGUUUCAUUGAGAGAAACUGAACUCAAACUCAAUAAAUCUGACAGUUGGAAAGUUUUGCUUUAUACGGUUUCUAACACCUGAUAGUACCUAUUGAAGGACCAACACUGUGGCUUAAGUGAACUCAGACCAUUUUAUCCUCCGUACGAGUCUUAAAUUCACAGGCCUGUCUGUAUUUUCUUCACUUCGUUUCUCAUAACCCUGUGAGAGCCAUCAAGGAACUGUAUAUACAGUACGGACAAGGCCGUUGCUUCAAACUGCCAUGGAUGGAUCACAAGCAUGGACUUUUCUCAACAACUGUACGUGAAAGCGAAAUGAUCCCACAUGCGUUUUUCCAAACUGAGUGAACAGGAAAUGUUGUGAAGCCUCCUUUCGCUUUCUUUACUGUAACACAUACUAGUACUGAGUUAUUCAGGAUUACACAAAUCAGGAGCAAGGCUGUUCUUACUUAAAGUUGGGCUUAGUUAACACUGAGACACUAUGUUCUGGAAGAUACCAACUUCUAACCAACUUGUGCCUUUUGACCAUUGCUAAGACUUAAGUACCUUUCAUCAGGUAAACUACUUCUGAAACAUUUUGUAAAUGCUUUCUUGAUGGAUUAACAUUGUGUGAUUAUUUCUGUACGUCUCCAUCUUUAAUGAUGAUUAGUUUUAAUCGAAAGUCUUUAAUGAUGGAGCUUCUUGCCAAGCUGAUGGCCUGUUUUUGUUUUGAAAGGGUUUGAAUCAAAGAAAAAAAUGAUGAAAGCUAAAUUAGCAAGUCAUUGAACAAGACAGGACAACCAAUUCAGUUCUGAUUUGUUAUGACAGAUUUAUGUAUUACUUUAAGAAAUGUAAACGAUCAAAUUAAGCUAAUGUGCUAAUGCAUUUACUCUUGGCACAGCAAUACGGUGAAGCUAAAGCUUCUACUUGGAUCAUUCCAUAUUGCACUUGGCUCACUUUUGCUGUUGUGUUGAUUCAUUUGUGUGUUAUGUGUUCAGACUUGCUAAUAACAUUGGCACUCAACUGCCCUCUUAGUAGAUUUAACUCUGACUUUUCUGAUAUAGAUGAGCAUACAGCCCCCCAAAAAACCCAACAACUUGUUUUUCCCCCAUAGUUUGUGUGUACUUUUAACUGUUAACGGUAAGCUGUAGCUCAGAGGACAGAGCACAACUUUAAACUGGCAUCAGAUGUCAAACAUAGCAGGCCCUUUUAAUGUGUUUAUGCAGGAGUACACUGGCGUCCUCCCAUUGCCUUGAUGGUGACGGCAUUCUUGAGUUCUGUUUAUGAUCAUGUAUGUAUGUGAAGUCUGACCACUGGUAGAUCUUAGAUCUUGUAGAUUAGUGCUGUGGGUUUCCCAUUGUGAUGUUUUGGUUGUAAAUAAUUCUGUAACAUGGCAUCCUGAUGGUUGGUUCCCUUUUGAAAGAUAUAUUUUGAGAUGUUACCUCAUCAAUGUGUUUGUUUAACCUUUGAAAUCCUUAACGAAUUGCUGUUAUGUGUUUCUUCUUUGUAAUAAAUCAUUUCAUAAACUUAGCAAAUUGAAGUCUUUCAAAUGAAGACACCAAUAAAGCUUUAAAAAAAUA